AUGAGAGACCUGCUGACAUUUUCCCUCGCUCUUUUUCAUCAACCAGAUGCGGCUUCGUCGAUGUUCGUCACUUCUACCGCGAUCGACUUCAAACUUAAGUAUCCUAACCUAGCCGACCUUUUAGAGUACUACAUUCCGGAAACCUCCGCGGACCAGUAUUUGUCCUACGGAUGCAACUGCAAUUUGCUCGACCCAAAAGGCCUCGCCACUCCAGGACACGGUGCCGCGGUCGAUCCGAUCGACCAAGCGUGCAAAAAUUACAAAGACUGUCAAAGAUGCGUGCAGAUUGAGGACGGAAGCGAGUGCAAUUUGGAGGGACCAAAUGCGCUCUAUAAAUUGGGCUUUUUGUCCGAUCAGCCUUACUGUAUGAAUCCAGUGAAGAGUUGUAACAGACAUUUAUGCGAAUGUGAUAAACAGUUCGCUGAAGAGCUGAAACAAGCCCUGCCUUUUUACGAUUCUCAAUUCUCCAGCGAAAAUCACGACCUCUCAAAAUGCCAUCACAAACCAAAGCUCUCUUUCAAUAGCGAGCCCCGAAUGAGACCGAUGGGAGUGGCUGGAGAUGGAUUCAACUUCAUGGGAAGAGGGGACAAGACGACGGAAAUGUAUUUGCACGAUGAUGAUGCAAAAUGCUGCGGGCCUUCUACGGGACCUAAGAAAAUCUAUCACGACGCCGUGAAGCAAUGCUGCAACCCUACAAAGAAAGAAUACUUUUUGGCCAACAUUGGAGAGUGCCCGCCCGAUUGGAACAUCUAA